UACUCACAAGUCAAGAUAGUACUAAUUAGUUUAAGAUGUGAAAGACAUUUGUGAGUAUUCAUCACUUACACAUUUGUUCAAUUUAUAUACCCAAAAAACUACUGUAGCACUUUCAUUUGUCGAAAGAUUAGUGUUGUAGUCACACUAACUGGUUGCCACGGUGUAGUGGGAAAUACUAUAUUCCAUACAUUCUCACUUGUGAACGAAAGGAAGGACACAAUCCAACUCAAUGCUGAUAAUCACUCUACUGUUCCAUAUGUGCGCACUUCCAUUAGCAACAAUGGCCAAUACAACUGCCACUGAUGUCAAUGCAACUGAAUCGGGAAAUAAAUCCACUCUACUGUAUGCAGGAUAUACUCAGCUGGAAUGUUUACGGUUGUACAGUGAAAGACUUCCACUAGGCUACUGGUCUGAUCUAUGCAAUAGCAAUGAGUUACUGUCGCCGUUCCAAGUAUGGACUACACAGUCGAUUUGUGCACCCGGAUACACUUGGUAUAAAAGUCCACGAUAUUGGCUGGCAUAUGAACAACCUCAAUUUGUGGGCGCAUACUUGCUUCUCAGUCCGGGUGCGUGCAUACGAAAUGUGAAACGAUACGGACUACAGUCAGUCGCCUCUGUACUGGAAUGUGUGCAAAUUUCUCUGUUCGGAUACUUCCCUUCGUUGACUUGUCACUACCCACAACAACCCUGGAGAAAGUACAUAAAUUACCAUAUGGGCAUGUUCACACAGAAGCAAGCACUGUGGAGUCAAACUGCAGCGACCAACAACCCCACAGCAUUCAUAGGAACCGUUAGUCUCGCUGAUUUAUCUAGAAACAGUGCGAAUACAAACAGUCUUGAGUAGUGUUUCACUUCUUUGGUUUUCC